CGUAUAUUCGUAGGUAGGUACCUCUGUAACAAUUUUCAAUUAAUCCUGGCCGUCGAACAAGAUUUGAAACCAAAACAACUCGUUCCCUCUGCCUACCAAGCUCUUCCUUCCCUUGACUUCCUCCAUUGCUGUUCCUUUCCCUGAAUCCAUCUUCAAUCUUCUUCAUCAUCCACCAAACUCUUCCAUUUCACUUCAAACUUCACACCCAUCAUUUUCUCGUAUUUUCUAUUCAAACCCAUAACUCAAAACCCCAGCUUUAUUUGCUUUUUCCAAUAUGGGUUCCGAUUCCUCUUCCAUUUUAGCUCCAAUCAAACAACUUCCGACUCAAGAAGAUGACCCAACAAGCCCGACGGAGGCUCUUCUCUCUUUUAACACAGACUCCGUUUCUUCCUUUGACCCUUCCCGUAAGUCAGCGGCUACCACCAUUGUUUUCAUCUCCCUCCUCCUCCUCACUUGCUUUGCCCUCUCCGCCGCCGGAGCUUUCGCCUUCCUCUUUUUCUCGGCUCCAAAUGCGACCACCCGAACGAAGUCCUCUGCAGAGUCCGACUCGUUGGCUCGUCCUCUCAAGAAACUCGAUCAUCCGGUGGUUCUGCUGAUCUCCUCAGAUGGGUUUCGAUUCGGAUACCAAUUCAAGACCCCAACUCCGAAUAUAGGCCGCCUCAUCGCUAAUGGGACCGAAGCCGAGUUGGGUUUGAUUCCGGUUUUUCCAACUCUAACUUUUCCAAAUCAUUACUCUAUUGUCACUGGUCUUUACCCGGCUUAUCAUGGUAUAAUCAAUAACCAUUUUGUAGAUCCAUAUACUGGGGACAUAUUUACCAUGGCCAGCCACGAGACCAAGUGGUGGUUAGGCGAGCCGUUGUGGGAGACUGUGGCCAAUCAUGGUUUAAAGGCUGCCCUCUACUUCUGGCCUGGUUCCGAGGUAAUUAAAGGUUCUUGGACUUGCCCAAAAAGUUAUUGUCAACAAUAUAAUGGUUCUGUUCCAUUUGAGGAACGAGUUGAUACCGUUUUGAAUUAUUUUGAUCUUCCCACUAGUGAAAUUCCUGUAUUUAUGACCCUUUAUUUUGAGGAUCCUGAUCACCAGGGUCAUCAAGUUGGGCCUGAUGAUCCUCUGAUCACUGAAGCUGUUUCUAGAAUUGAUAGCUUGAUUGGGAAGUUGAUUGCUGGUCUAGAGAAAAGAGGUGUUUUUGAAGAUGUUAAUAUUAUCUUAGUUGGUGAUCAUGGAAUGGUUGGAACAUGUGAUAAAAAGUUGCUUUUUCUUGAUGAUUUGGCUCCUUGGAUUGAAAUCCCUAUGGAUUGGGUACAGUCAUACACUCCAUUACUUGCAAUUCGUCCACCCCAAGGCGUUGAGCCAUCUGAUGUGGUCAAGAAAAUGAAUGAAGGGUUGAAAUCUGGGAAGGUCGACAAUGGUGAGCAUUUGAGAGUUUAUCUUAAGGAGGAGCUUCCCAGUAGGCUCCAUUAUGUUGGCAGUGAUCGAAUUCCACCUAUAAUUGGAUUACUUGAAGAAGGGUUUAAGGUAGAACAAAAGAGAACCAGCAAGAAAGAGUGUGGUGGAGCUCAUGGUUAUGACAAUGCUAUAUUUUCCAUGAGAACCAUAUUUGUUGGUCAUGGUCCUCGGUUUCCGAGAGGGAAGAAGGUCCCAUCUUUCGAAAAUGUUCAGAUUUACAACUUGGUGACCUCAAUUCUCAACAUACAUGGUGCUCCCAAUAAUGGGUCUGUAUCGUUUCCCAGUUCUGUUCUUUUGCCUACUCGUUAAUAUAUAUCUUCAUCAAUGUUCUUCAUGAAGCUUAAAUCGGUGCUAUGCAAGGGGUUACCACACAAGGAACCAAUGUUUGAUCAUGUUGCAUUUGCAUAUAAUUUAGAAGGUCUUAGAGUCUCACGCUCAGUCAUUGAAGUGAAAAAUGAUAAUGCAUUUGCAGAUAGGUAAAUUUAUCGGUAUGGUAUUGGGAACCCAUGCUUUUGAUCAGUGUAUCAUUGAUAUAAAUGUAUGCAUCAGGAACGGUGUUCCUUCUAUGUAAUCUGUGGACUGGUAAAUUUGGAAUCAUCUCCAAUUAUCAAACGAAUUUUGUUUGUAAAAAAUCCCACGAGGCAGAAUAAUAGUGCUGUUUCUGGUAA